AAUGAGCAGUGUCAGCAUACAAACUCCCAACAUGUCGAAAAGGGAAAGCCAGGUAAAUCACACAAACCAUCCCAAAGAGAGAAUAGCUAGUAAACUAUGUAAAAUGGAGCGUCGUGUCACAUGUCUACUUCAUUCUAAUGUCUUAUGCACUAAAUGGUGUACGGAAUGUUUUACGUGGCAUUGCGAUAAUUGCGAUGGUCAUCGAGAUCAUAGAAUUCAAGAGGCUGAAAAGAUACUUACGGAACUGGAGAGCGAUUUAAUCAAUUGUCACGAAAUACUGGAAAGACUAAAGAUCGACAAUAUUCAAAAGAUUGAUAGGGACAAAGUUGACGGUAAUUUAGCUUCAGUCGAGAAAAAGAUUAAAGAAGCGGCUACAUCCAGAAGGCAAUGGCAUGAGCAGCAGAUUGCUUUAAUAGCGCACGAAGAGAAAGCUCUACUGCAAAAAGCGAGGGAAGAAUAUCAAGAACUGACGAAGCAUGUCGAAAGGGAGCAAUUCAAAGUUCUUAACCAUAAUCAGGAAAUAUCAGCUAGGAGAGCGCACGUCAUUGAUCUACAAAAUCAUGCUAACAGUCAAAGACUCACGAAUGAGGUUAAACAAUUAAUAAUGCAUUUGGCCAAAAUGACCAAACCAGACGUAAUUCGACCGGGAAAGUUAGGAUUUCGUUGGGCACCAAUAACGGCCGCCGCUUCGAGUCAAUUGGGAGUACUUUCAGUUGAUCAUUCAAGGCACGGUCGACCAUUGGGAGAGGGUUCGGUACAUUGCAUAUCUUUGGCGCCCAAUCAAAGGGGUUUAAUGAUUGGCUCAAAUCGUUACUUGGCUAUUUAUACUUUUCGUGGGGAGCUGGUUGAUAUCUUUCAUAAUGAAGAGACUAUUUCGGCAACCUGUUCACCCGAUGGAAGAAUUUAUUGGGUGGCCAGGGUGGAAGAAGAUAAUACACUGUGGCAUAGAUCCGAAACUGAUCAGCAACCCUUUCAACUGACAGAGCUGGAGGAGAUUCAUAGCGUACACAGCGUCUUUACAAGACACAACGGCGACGUAAUACUCGGUGGAAUGAACGCCCAAGGCGAAGGAGUUUUAGCAGUCUGGAGUCCAAUGUGUCAAGAGAAACGUUGGAGUAUGGUGUUACCAUUUGGUAAAUUAGAAUAUUCUAACGAUCUUACAGUAUGCGGAACAGAAACCUUUAUUGGUGUUACUUGCCUGACUGCUCAAGAAUUAAUGCUCAUUUUCAAUUAUUCAAAGAAUUCAACAGUAAUGAAAUACGCAACAUCAGGAAUAAUAAAACAUCCCCGAGGUAUGUGUCUAUCAGACCGAGGAGAAUUAAUAGUUGCCGAUUACGAAGCAAAACAAAUGCACCUUUUCACACAAAGAGGUGAACACCUCGCAACUUUAGAAGUAAGUGGAGCAGUCUUAGACGUCGUAUAUGAAAAAAGUAGACAAAAAUUAUUCUACAUCAAUUAUCAACCAUCAGAGCUAUUCUCAACAAAAAUUCUCGAUCCAAUUAAUCCUCCAUCAUCGUCCAAAGAGAAAAUAUCAAAAAACCAUUAA